CUCCUAGCCGCUGAGGCAUUCAUGUCCUCAUUAUGGUUUAUUCUGCAGGCCUUAAUCCUUAAGAAGUACCCUGCAGUGCUGAUCUUACUCUCCUUCUACUGCUUCUUUGUGACCAUACAAUCUGGAUUAGCCUCACUGAUACUAGUAAAAGACCCAUGUGCUUGGAGUUUAAAACCCAAUAUUGGCUUGUUUGCAGUUUUAUACUCAGCGGUUGUUGGGACUGCGUUACGUACCAGUGCGGUAGCAUGGUGCCUGCAGAGAACAGGACCUGUGUAUGUUUCUAUGUUCAAGCCCCUUGCUGUUGUUGUCGGAGAUGUCAUUGAUGUAAUUUUUCUGGGACAAGUUCUGCAUCUCGGAAGCUUGGUUGGAGCAGCUGUAAUUAUCACUGGCUUUUAUGCUGUGAUAUGGGGUAAGGCCAGAGAAGAGAAGUUGCAUGAGGACAGUGGAGAAGGGCAGUGGUCAGAAUCAUCAUCUGAAAGCACCCCCCUGCUGCAAAGUGCAAAAUAAGACACAGAUUUGUCUUGUAUAGAAACCAUGGUCUUAGACGUCUUUGUAAUUUUGAUGUGCAAUUUGA